AUGCGCUUCGCUGCGCUUGCAGCGGCCUUCGCAGCCGUAGCCUCCGUCGUUGCGGAAGACCUCCUCUUCUUAGAGAAUCUGGUUGGGAACGAGGAAGAGCAUGCCGUUGCCCUCGGGUUCACCACUAAGGUGGUCACAGAGACAGACUGGCGUGCCAUGAAGACCUCUGACUUUGCAGCCUUCAAAGCAAUCAUCAUUGGUGAUGCUUUCGGUUCUACCGAUGUGACUCUGAUCCAGGUUCUGGCAGACACAAACACCACCUGGGGUCCUGCUGUCACAGGAAACGUCAUCAUACACGGUGCCGAUCAAUCUAAUCACGACUCACAGGGCGUCGCUGGGGCGGCUGUGCUCAUUGACAACAGCAUCAAGUUUGCAGCCGCUGGCGUCUCUGCAUCCGGCUCCUCCCAGACUGGAUUGUAUUUCUCCCUUUCACAAUACUACGACACAGCCGAAGUCGAUACUCCAGUGCCGGCCCUCUCCUAUUUUGGCGACUUCAAAGUCUUUGGUCAGGACAACAAUGGUGCAGGAGGAUACAAUGAGAUUCAUAUCGUGGCCUCGUCCCCUGCCAUCGAGACCCUUACCGACGAUGACCUUUCGAACUGGUCCUACAGCACUCAUGAGGCGUUCUCGACAUAUCCCUCUGUUGGACAGAAUGGUUUCCAAGCCCUGGCAAUUGCAGACGGCGUUAUCACCACUGGCACUCAGACCUAUGGUGAUGGCCAUUCCGGUUUGCCAUAUAUUCUGAGUCGUGGUGCAACGCCAGCCGGCUGCGGCAAUGGGGUGUUUGAGCCCUCUCUCGGCGAAGAGUGCGACGACGGCAACACUGUGGAUGGCGACGGUUGUUCCAAGAGCUGCAACAGUUCGACGACUUCUACCACGACCUCGACCUCUUCGACCCUGUCCUCAAGCACGACAACAACCUUCACGACGUCUGUCCUGACCACUACAUCCAAGCCCUACACAAACACAACGACUACGCGGUCGACAAGCUCGAGGCCUCAAACUCCCAUUGUCAGCUCGAAACCCACCACCACGACAGUCUCUCCGGUUACGACAACGACAUCGAAAAGAGCCUGGACUGCCCCUCCCUACAUCACGCCUUCCGUCCCCGACUGGAAAUGCAUUGGCAUUGAGAUCAUCGUGUCAGUGACGGAAAUCGAGCAAUGCAGCACCAUUGACCCUACCAGCACAAUCACGUACACCACCACGAGUGUGCUCUCGACCUACCAGAAACCCAUCUACAACACGCCGAUCCCGUCGAUGCCAUGUUACGUGUGCGCUUUCGAGUCGCAGGGAAUUACCGUGACGGAUUUCAUCACGGCCACAACGAUCCAUUGCCUAUCUAACCCCACGGCGGCUCCUCCUGCAGUCAUCUACCCUUGCUCGACAUGCCAGGGCACCAGCCUGACGGCGUCGUGCCCUUGGAAAGUCACUCCGACGGCACCACUCCAGCCAUACACCACGUACGGACCUGCCGGGCACGAGCACGGUGAGGGAGGACACCCGCCGCACGACGGCGGCCACUACUCUGCCACAGUCGCAGUAGCCACAGCGACCACUUACGGAGGUGCGCCAGGUUAUUCUUCUUGGCAGCCAUAUGUCCCCGGCGCUCCUCCUCCGGCUUAUACCCCCGCUGCCUCUCCCACUGCGUAUACUCCCGGUGGCUACACGCCGGCAAACACCUUCGUCGCAGCAGCGUCGACCAGCUAUGCGGCGACCGCGACUACGGCCACACCAUCGAGCUACACCGGCUGGGGCCCAACGCCACCUCGCUGGUGGCCGUCUACACCGGCGGCGCUGCCUCAUCUAGGCUGCCCACAGGCGGUGUCGUCGGGUUGA